GUUUAGAGAUUUUAUAAAUUAUUAGUACUUAUUAAAUUCCAUCGUUAUCAUGAUUACGUAAGAAUUAAUCUGGAAGAUACGUUGACGUAUCAGGGAGGUUCCAACAAGAACAUCAUGGCUCCAAUAACAUUCGGAAUUUUAACCAUUAGUGACACUUGCUCUCAUGAUCCAACAAAAGACAGAAGUGGAGAGGAACUGGUGCACUUGAUAACUGAUCACAGCACUGACAGCGGAAGAAUCAUCAAGGGAUAUGUUGCUGAAGUGGCUAUUGUGCCUGACAAUGAAUUUUCCAUCAUGGAGACAUUGACGAAGUGGUCGGAUGAUGCGAAGGUAAAUGUCAUCCUGACAACGGGUGGCACUGGUUUUUCACCUCGAGAUGUAACUCCAGAAGCUACUAAAAAAAUUAUUCACAGAGAGGCCCCUGGGAUUGCUGUUGCCAUGUUGACAGCUAGUUUAAAAAUUACUCCAAUGGCUGCACUGUCAAGGUCCAUUUGUGGUAUUCGCAACAAGACCCUCAUAAUAAACCUCCCAGGAUCGCCAAAAGCUGCGAGAGAAUGUCUCGACGCAAUCGCAAUGACUAUUCCUCAUGCAGUUGAUCUUCUCCUGGAUCUGCAACCAAAGAUUAAAAAAAUCCAUGAAGAAGUUCAGAAUAGAGGAUGCAGACAUCAUCAUUUGGAAAACGAGAUGAUUGCUUUGAACCUGGGGAACGUGGCCAGCAGAUUGCGGGAAUCCCCGUAUCCCAUGAUAUCCAUGGAGCAAGCAAGAGAAAUAAUCAACGGUUACAGUUGGCAGGGGGAGAACGAAUUCGUGGAUUUGUGGAAUUGUCAUGGGAGGAUUUUGGCUGAUGAUGUCAGGGCUCAGUGCGAUUUACCACCCUUCAGGGCUUCUAUAAAAGAUGGAUAUGCAGUUAUUGCGAGUGAUGGUGCGGGACAGAGACGAGUAUUAGGUGGAGUUGAAGCUGGACACUCGCCAGGAUCAGUGAGACUGGAGUCGGGUUUCUGCGUUCGUGUGAACACAGGUGCUCCAGUCCCAGAGGAAGCGACAGCAGUCGUCCAGGUGGAGGAUACAAAGCUCUUGGAGAAAACCCCAGAUGGCAAGGAAGAGGAAUUAAUCGAGAUUUUAAUUUCACCAGAAGAGAAUCGAGACAUCAGGCCCAUUGGCAGUGACAUCGAGGAAGGAUCUCUACUCUUGAGACGUCACACAAAGAUCGGAGCAGUGGAGAUGGGGAUUCUAGCUGCCUGUGGCUGCACCAAAGUCAAAGUGAUUAAACUCCCAACCCUGGGAAUUCUCUCGACUGGAAACGAACUCCAGCAGGCAGGAGAGGAGCCUAGAGCUGGACACGUCUACGACAGCAACAAGAUUACUCUGAUGAUGUUGUUCAGGGAGUUGGGGUACGACCCCAAGGACAUGGGGAUUGCCAUCGACGACGAGAACGUCAUGAUUAAUUCGAUGAAAGACGCGUUGACCCGUGUAGAUGUCCUCAUCACCACUGGAUCAGUCUCUAUGGGGGACAGGGACAUGCUGAAACCUAUCCUCAAUCACGUCUUCAAGGCUGACAUUCAUUUUGGCAGAGUUAACAUGAAACCAGGAAAACCCACGACCUUCGCAACUUGUCAAUUCGAUGGCAGAACCAAAUACUUUGUUUGUCUACCUGGAAAUCCUGUCUCUGCUACCGUUACCGCGUAUCUAUUCGCCAUUCCUCUGUUACAUCGUCUAGCUGGAAAUUAUAUGCAGCCAACUAUUGUUCAGGCUCGGUUAACGUCAUCAUACCAAUUGGAUCCCCGGCCUGAGUAUGCGAGAGCUAUUUUGUUGUGGUCGGAGGAGGAACUGAUGCCUAGAGCUUAUAGCACUGGCAAUCAAAUUAGCAGUAAACUUCUCAGUUGCAAGAAUGCAAAUGCCCUUUUGAUGCUGCCAGGGAGGACUGCUGAUCGAAGAGAAAUGAAUGAAGGAGAUAUUGUGAGAGCGAUGCUCCUUGGGUUCCACCAAAAUGCUAUUUAGGAUUAAUUAUUUUAUUUAGUAGAAUAUUACUGCACGAUUUUUUAUAAUUUUAUAAGAAAAAGUAAUGAUUCUACAUUUCUACUUAUCAUAAUUAAUUAUUUUCUCUGUAGUAAGAGAAUGAUUAUAAAAAAAAGAUUCAUCUCAAUCUCUUGUUAUCAAUUGAUGCAUUGAUGCCUGAGUAAUUUAGUCAAAUAACU